UGCGUCGGGCUGCAGGAGAAGAUGGCGGUCUCCACAGGAGUUAAAGUUCCUCGUAAUUUUCGCUUGUUGGAAGAACUUGAAGAAGGACAAAAAGGAGUAGACGAUGGUACAGUUAGCUGGGGCCUUGAAGAUGAUGAAGAUAUGACACUUACAAGGUGGACAGGCAUGAUUAUUGGGCCACCAAGGACAAAUUAUGAAAACAGAAUAUACAGCCUGAAAGUAGAAUGUGGACCUAAAUACCCAGAAGCUUCUCCAUCAGUUAGAUUUGUAACAAAAAUUAAUAUGAAUGGAAUAAAUAAUUCCAGUGGGAUGGUGGAUGCACAGAGCAUACCAGUGUUAGCAAAAUGGCAAAAUUCAUAUAGCAUUAAAGUUGUACUUCAAGAACUAAGACGUCUAAUGAUGUCCAAAGAAAAUAUGAAGCUUCCACAGCCACCAGAAGGACAAACAUACAAUAAUUAAUUUUAGUGGAUCUCAAACUUGUCUUAAAUCAGCAACCUACUCAUGUUAAUGUCUUGAUUAAAUACCACAAUGCAAAAUACCCACACAUUAAGUAAAAGAAUUCCAGCUGGUAAACAUGGCUUAGACAUUUGUAAGAAUAUAUUUAAUAUAUGUACACCCAUUAUGUUUUCAGGUAACAGGAGGAAAAAUGCAGCACAGUUUUUUUUCUCUUGUUAAGGCACUGUCAUUUACACCUGGAGUACUCAAAAUAGAAUUCAGGUUUACAAGAUGAAAGCAUGGCGAGAAGUGUCAGAUGGCAGUGGAAGCAUGGUAUGUUUCUGAAAAAGAUCUCAAGAAGGAAAAAGAGAAAUGGCAUGCUUUGUCCAUCUUGCUUAGUGAAAGAGCUGCAGUUGAAAUUGUUUAAAGUAGCAGGUACAAUGAAUAUUGUCACAAAUUGUGUUAGUUUUUGAAGAGGUGUGGGUGCUGACUACUAGUAGUAUCAAAUAUGUUCAGGAUUGUUUUGAUA